GUUGAACACAAUGACAUCAUGCCCUCUCCCAACUUUGAACAUUCUGUAUUCGAAGCUGAAGAGGAAGAGUGGGAUGAGAUUCCAGAAGAGGUCGCCCGCCAGCUUGAAAAUGAAGAAGACACUAUUCAGCCAUACAAGGAGCCUUUGGAAACAGUCAACUUGGGUUCGGAAGAAAAUGUGAAAGAAGUCAAAAUUGGAGCAUUGUUAUCCCCACAGGUCAAGGAGCAAUUGAUCAGCCUGUUGAAAGAGUAUGUAGAUGUGUUUGCUUGGUCUUAUCAAGAUAUGCCUGGUCUCGACACUGACAUCGUAGAGCACAAGCUACCUUUGAAGCCAGAAUGUCCACCGGUCAAACAGAAAUUAAGAAGAACACAUCCAGAUAUGGCCGUCAAAAUUAAAGAAGAAGUUCUGAAGCAAAUAGAUGCUGGUUUUCUUGCCACUUCAGUGUAUCCAGAGUGGAUAGCAAAUAUUGUGCCAGUUCCUAAGAAGGACGGGAAGGUACGAAUGUGUGUCGACUAUCGUGACUUAAAUAGAGCAAGCCCAAAGGAUGAUUUCCCCCUGCCUCACAUUGACAUGUUGGUAGACAAUACAGCAAAGUUUGACAUAUUCUCCUUCAUGGACGGAUUCUCCGGGUAUAACCAGAUCAAAAUGGCUCCCGAAGACAUGGAAAAAACUACAUUCAUAACACCAUGGGGAACAUUCUGUUAUCAAGUGAUGCCGUUUGGGUUGAAGAACGCAGGUGCUACUUACCAGCGAGCCAUGACAACGCUCUUUCACGACAUGAUGCACAAAGAGAUUGAGGUUUAUGUGGAUGACAUGAUCGCGAAGUCUCGUUCAGAAGAAGGUCACUUAGUAGAUCUAUUGAAGCUGUUUCAACGAUUGAGGAAGUUCCGUCUUCGCCUCAAUCCGAACAAAUGCACAUUUGGCGUCAGGUCAGGUAAACUCUUGGGCUUCAUUGUCAGCCAAAAAGGCAUUGAAGUUGAUCCAGAUAAAGUAAAAGCUAUCCAAGAGAUGCCCGCACCAAAAACAGAAAGGCAAGUGAGAGGUUUUCUAGGACGAUUGAAUUACAUAUCCCGGUUUAUUUCUCACAUGACUGCCACUUGUGAACCUAUCUUCAAAUUGCUGAGAAAGAGUCAGAAUUGUGUUUGGACAGAGGAUUGUCAGAAAGCAUUUGACAGUAUCAAAGAGUACCUCAUGGAGCCUCCUAUCUUGUUACCACCUGUUGCUGGAAGACCGUUGGUUAUGUAUUUGACAGUGCUUGAGAAUUCUAUGGGCUGUAUUCUGGGUCAACAAGACGAAACUGGAAAGAAAGAGCAUGCCAUUUACUACUUAAGCAAGAAAUUUACUGACUGUGAAUCACGAUACUCCUUACUCGAGAAGACAUGUUGUGCAUUGGCUUGGGCUGCUAAGAGAUUGAGGCAGUAUAUGUUAAGUCACACCACUUGGUUGAUAUCCAAAAUGGAUCCAAUCAAGUACAUUUUUGAGAAGCCUGCACUCACUGGUAAGAUUGCAAGAUGGCAGAUGCUGUUAUCAGAAUACGACAUUGAGUAUCAUACCCAGAAAGCUAUCAAGAGCAGUGUGUUGGCUGAGUACCUUGCUCACCAACCCGUUGAAGAUCACGAUGAUAAUGAGGAUGAGUUUCCUGAUGAAGAUGUCAUGUUCCUAAAAUCCAGAGAUUGUAAAGAGCCACUUCCUGAAGAAGGGCCUGAACCAGAUUCUCAAUGGGGUUUAGUAUUUGAUGGAGCUUCCAACGUUUAUGGACAUGGAGUAGGUGCAGUCAUUAUCACUCCAGAAGGUUCUCAUAUUCCUUUCACGGCAAGAAUUUGCUUUGAAUGUACAAACAACAUUGCUGAAUAUGAAGCCUGUAUCAUGGGUCUUGAAGAAGCCAUUGACCUCCGCAUCAAAAAUCUUACUGUUUAUGGUGACUCAGCGUUAGUUAUCAAUCAGAUCAAAGGAGAAUGGGAAACACGCCACCCUGGCUUGAUCCCAUACAAAGACUAUGCAAGAAGAUUGUUGACUUUCUUCACCAAGGUUGAAUUGCAUCACAUUCCUCGGGAUGAGAAUCAUAUGGCGGAUGCUCUAGCUACGUUGUCUUCAAUGUAUCAAGUGGGUUUUCCAAACGAAGUACCCAGAAUUGUGAUCAAGCGACUUGAUAGACCAGCACAUGUGUUUACAGCUGAGGCCAGUUUUGAUGAUAAACCAUGGUACCACGAUAUCAAGCAUUUCCUUCAGACUCAGGAGUAUCCUCUUGGAGCAACAGAAAAAGAUAAAAAGACUUUGAGAAGAUUGUCAGGCAGUUUCUUCCUUAAUCAGAAUGUGCUCUAUAAGAGGAAUUAUGACAUGGUCUUACUCAGAUGUGUUGACAAAAAGGAAGCAGAAAUGUUGAUGAAAGAAGUUCACGAAGGGUCCUUUGGUACUCAUGCAAACGGCCACUCUAUGUCAAGAAAGAUGUUGAGAGCUGGUUACUACUGGUUGACCAUGGAAUCAGAUUGCUACAAAUUUGUAAAGAAGUGUCACAAAUGUCAGAUCUACGCUGAUAAGGUUCAUGUACCACCAACCUUUUUGAAUGUGAUUUCUGCUCCUUGGCCAUUCUCAAUGUGGGGCAUUGACAUGAUCGGUAUGAUUGAACCCAAAGCUUCCAACGGACACCGUUUCAUUCUCGUGGCAAUUGAUUACUUCACCAAAUGGGUGGAAGCAGCUUCGUAUGCAAAGGUGACAAAGCAAGUGGUGGUCAGAUUCAUCAAAAAUAAUCUCAUUUGCCGAUAUGGCAUUCCAAACAAGAUCAUCACUGACAAUGGCUCCAAUCUGAACAACAAAAUGAUGGAUGAAUUAUGUGAAAGUUUCAGGAUCGAGCAUCACAACUCUUCUCCUUACCGUCCCAAGAUGAAUGGGGCAGUUGAAGCUGCAAAUAAGAAUAUCAAGAAGAUCAUUCAAAAGAUGGUUGUUACCUACAAAGAUUGGCAUGAAAUGCUGCCUUUUGCACUACACGGAUAUAGAACAUCAGUCCGUACUUCAACUGGGGCAACCCCAUUUUCACUUGUAUACGGUAUGGAAGCUGUGUUACCGAUAGAGGUUGAAAUUCCAUCAAUGAGGAUACUAAUGGAAACUCAGUUGUCAGAGGCUGAAUGGUGUCAAAGCAGAUACGAUCAGUUGAAUUUGAUUGAAGAAAAAAGAAUGACUGCCUUGUGCCAUGGACAGUUAUAUCAAAAGAGAAUGAAGCAGGCAUUUGAUAGGAAGGUUAAGCCGAGAGAAUUCAAAGAGGGUGACCUUGUGCUCAAGAAGAUGAUACUAUUUCACAAUGAUUCUAGGGGCAAGUGGACUCCUAACUAUGAAGGACCCUAUGUUGUCAAGAAAGCCUUCUCAGGCGGUGCUUUAAUUCUUACAAACAUGGAUGGUGAAGAGCUUCCACGUCCCGUGAAUACAGAUGCAGUCAAGAAAUACUUCGCCUAA